AUGGGCACAGCUUGCUCGGUGUGCCGGCGUGAAGGGUCCGACCUGGUCGGAGAAUGCUCCUUUCCACAGCCAACGAACUUUUUCCAGAACACCACCCAGCAGCGGUUAGACUUCUUGGCGCAGGUGAAACUUUUUCAGCGUCUUCCUGAGGAUCAGCACAACCUUUUGGCCUCAGCAUGUGAGGAGGUCGUGUACCAGGAUGAGGUGAUCAUCAAACAGGGCGACCAUGGCCAUGAGUUCUUUGUCAUCAAAGAUGGCAAGGCUGAGGUGCUCAUUGGCCAGACGAAACAGGUAACGCUCAAGACGGGCGACUACUUCGGGGAGAACGCACUUUUGCGAGAUGAGCCACGGACUGCUACGAUCAAGGCUGUCGGCAGACUGAAGGCUCUGAAGAUCACUCGUGAUCAGUUUGUAGAGCUCGGCUUGAGGGAAAAGCUCGACUUCCCCCAGCGCAAAGCCGUUGGAGGAAAUGUUCAGAAUAUCGUGGUGAAGGACCCGACACCAAAGACAGAGAGCCAGAGAGUCUUGAUCUCAAAUGCUCUAAAAGCCAAUGAAAAUUUGCAGAGUGUUGUCGAUUUGGACAUCCCUCGCAUCAAAGCAAUUUGCGACAUUGCAUGGCAGGAGGCGGUGCCAAAGGGCACCAAACUCAUCACGGAGGGCGAUCUCAAUGCAGAUUAUUUUUAUAUUGUUCAAUCAGGCAGUUUUAACGUCAUUGUGGAAGGCAAGGAUUCUGUUGAGGCAAAGCCAGCGGGAUCCAGCUCGGCCAGGAUUGGUCCGGGUGGCAGCUUUGGCGAGUUGGCCUUGCUGUACUUCGCACCACGCGCGGCCACAGUCCAGGCAGCUGACGAUUCCUCGGUUUGGAUCAUUGAUCGAGGCAAUUUCAAGAGGAUCAUGGCCAAGUCAUCAGAUGAACGGGAAGCCGAAUAUCUCAAACACCUCGACAAGGUUGAUGUUCUGUCCCCUUUAAAGAAAGAGGAGAAAGCAGCUCUGGCGAAGUGUUUGACCGAAGUGUCCUUUGUGAAGGGUGACGUGAUUUUCAAGCAGGGAGAUGAAGGUGAUUCCUUCUACUUGUUGGUUGAUGGCACAGUGGAGGUAGUCAAGGACGAAAAAGCUACCUCACGCUUGCAAGGCGCGCCAGACAAGGCCAGAUUCUUCGGUGAGCGAGCGCUGUUGAAGAACGAGCCGCGUGCUGCGACCAUCAAAGUGGUCUCUCCAUCAGCCAGAACUUUGAUGGUCGACAAGCAGUCCUUUGAUAUGCUCCUGGGACCUCUGGAGGAGCUGAAGAAGCGUGGAAAGAGUGGUCCAGGUUCCAAGCUUCAGGAUGGAGAAGCUCCGGGCGUGACCGGCAUUGAUAAAAGUCGGUUUGGGAAGAUCAAGCGAAAGGACUUGAAGGUGUUGGGUCUACUGGGCUGUGGCGGUUUCGGAGCCGUGGAGCUGGUGGAACAUUCCAAAGAUCAAAGCACCUAUGCCCUGAAGGCGCUGAGCAAAGGCUUUGUGGUGAAAUCUGGGAUGCAGAAAAGCGUAAUGAGUGAAAAGAACGUUCAGUUGAUGUGCGAUUCCAGCUUCGUCAUCAAGGUGUUUGAGACCUUCAACAGCCCAGAGCACCUGUACUUCCUCUUGGAACUGGCACUUGGUGGUGAACUCUACGCCACCUACCACAGGAAGGGCCUGUUUGGCAAAGAGGUCCAUGGCAAGUUCUAUGUUGCUGGGGUCGUCAUUGCUUUCGACCACUUGCACAGCAAGAAAAUUGUCUUUCGCGACCUCAAACCCGAGAAUCUACUGCUGAGCGAGCUUGGCCACAUUAAGCUCACUGACAUGGGCCUCGCGAAAGUGAUUCUUGGCAAAACCUUUACGACCUGUGGCACCCCAGACUAUUUUGCGCCCGAGCUCAUAGCAUCCUCUGGGCAUACACUUGCGGUUGACUGGUGGACUCUGGGAGUCCUCACCUAUGAAUUGAUGUCUGGGAAUCCACCUUUCGAGUCGGCAAAUCCCAUGCAGACCUACCAGAAGGUGAAACGUGGAAUAGACAAGGUGCUGUUUCCGCCAAAGUGCAAAGGCACCAUCGAGGAUUUGGUGAAAAAGCUCUGCAGACACGAUCCAUCUCAACGGCUUCCCAUGAAGAGUGGAGGUGUCUCAAAUGUCAAGGAGCAUAGCUGGUACAAGGACUUUGAUUGGAAAGCCUUCGAGAAUCUCACCAUGGAGACGCCGUACCGGCCAGCAGUGAAAAGCAAAAAGGAUAUCGCCAACUUCUCAGCCAAAGACGCUGAUCGGCCACCACAGGUCGCGUACAAGGACGACAAAUCGGGAUGGGAUAAAGACUUUGCGACUUCAGACUGA